GUUUAACCCAUUUUCCUUUCUCUGCUUCUCCAUUGGAUCGCGUUUGUAAUGUAUUCGCUGAUACUCCUCCAUGGAAGAAAGUCUCUUGAGUUGCAGAAAUGGCGUCACUUGCGAUUUGCAGUGAACCUUCUUCAAAAGAAGUCUGCUUUUUCACUGAAUCCUUCCCCAAAUGUAUUGUCUUGUCUCUCCAACUCCCUAUCCUCCGCUACUGCUGUUGAUGUCAGGAUUCAAGAUGGUCCAAAAGGUAACAACUUUACUGUCUCUUACCUUGUUGAUUCGUUGGGUUUCACUACCAAACUCGCUGAAUCAACCUGGAAGAAAGUCACCUCAGAGCCCAAAGGUAAUCCAGACUCUGUUCUGCAUCUGUUGAGAUCUCAUGGGUUCACAGAUUCUCAGAUCUCAACCAUCAUUACGACUUAUCCAAAACUGCUCAUAUUAGAUGCUGAGAAGUCACUUGCUCCCAAUCUCAAGUUUCUCCAAUCCAGAGGAGCUUCAACCUCUGAGCUCACCGAGAUUGUUUCCAAUGUUCCUCGAAUCUUGGGAAUGAGAUGGCACAAAGCUGUCGGCAGAUACUAUGAUUUCGUCAAAGACAUCGUAGAAGCAGACAAGAGCUCCAACUACGAAAUGUCAUGUCUUUCUAUGCCAGAGGGUUCUUGCCAAGAGAAUAUCAUCAAGAAUGUGUUGGUUCUGAGACAGCUAGGCGUGCCUCAGAAGCUGUUAUUCUCCUUGCUCACAUCCAACUUCCAUGUAGUCUCUGGAAAAGAAAGAUUUGAAGAAUCCGUCAACAAAGUUGUUGGGAUGGGUUUCGAUCCCACCACCUCGAAGUUUGUGAAGGCAUUGUGCGUUAUUUACCAAAUGAGCGACAAAACAACUGAAGAAAAGGUUAAUCUCUAUAGAAAGUUAGGUUUUACUAAGGGAGAUGUAUGGGAAAUUUUCAAGAAGAAUCCAUUGGUUAUGGCACUUUCGGAGAAGAACAUAUUGAACUCCUUUCAAACAUUUAUAGGCCUAGGGUUCACCAGAGAUGAGUUUGUGAGGAUGGUCAAGUACUGUCCUCAGUGCAUUGGGUUAUCUGAAGAGUCUGUGAAGAAGAAGACUGAGUUUCUUGUGAAGGAGAUGAACUGGUCACUAAAGGCUGUGGUUUCAAACCCUUCAGUGUUUGGAUACAACUUGGAGAAGAGGACUGUGCCUAGGUGUAAUGUGAUCAAAGCUCUCAUGUCUAGAGGACUGCUUGGAAGUGAAUUACCUCCGUUGUCGCUUGUGUUAGCGGUUACUGAUGAAGCUUUCUUGAACAAGUAUGUGAGGAAGCAUGAUGAUGACAAGGAGCUUGUGGCUGAGUUGAUGGCUAUCUUCACCGGAGAGAUUGUGCCUCAUAGAUCUUCUUAAGGCUUGUCAAAUACUUUGCUUUGUUAUAGUGAAAUGGAGAGGGACAGUUUCUUUUGUGGGGAUUUUGGUCUUUGGAACUUCUGGAUUGAUCAUUGAAAGCUUUAAUUAGUAAUUUGAUUCCCUGAGAGGCUCUUCUCAAAUUGAUGAUCUUGGUGUCUACUUUUCUGUUGCGUUUCAUACAUAUUCUUGUAAGCUUAUGGAACAUUGUCUUGAUCUUGAAUAUCCCGGAUCCAUUUAAAAUACAUUGUCUUGAUUGAACAUCAUCCAAGGGAUGUUGGUAUACUCUGAUAACUUGAAAGGCUGCUGAGCUUUUGCAAUGAGAAGUUUUAGUUUUGAGAUAUAUUAACAUGAUUUUCACUAAGUAUCCACACUGGAGCUUAUUUCUCUAGGGUUUGAUGAUACACUAUCUUGCUUCUUUUUUGGCGUUUGCGUUCUUGUAUAUGCUUUUGUUUAUGUGACUUAGGAUAUGGAGAAUUUGCUUUGACAGGAAAGAAACAUGCACAUAGACUCACAUUAUUUUCUUGUGGUUUUAGCACAUAGCGUAUCAAUAUUUCUUGAGAUUUUAGAUUGCAGGCUAUGUUACUUCAGAAAUUCUUGGGAAUUAGCACUCUUGAAAACUUCCAGCUUUUGUUACCCUCUAGCUAUUACUCUGACGAUGAAGUUUGAGGUUGAAAAAUCGACGCAAUCAAGCUCUUUAGAAGCGAUGAUGCAUAACUCAAAUGAUAUCCAGCCACUACUUGUUCUUGGUGAGCAGACAAAAGCAUAACGGGAAUGAAAUCUUACCUCUCAUGUGGGUGGGAUCUAUUCCUAAGUCCACACCACGCACCACCACAAUGUAACACAUGAUUUCUCCACUUUGCUGCAUCAUUACAUUUCAGUAUACCCCGGAGAAGGCCUUUUCCAUAAAAAAACAGAGCCACUACCUGCUUCUUCAGAAUCUCUUUGGCUCAUUGGUGAAUAGUAAUUUUUGGUUUCCAGCCUAAAAGGUUAGGCUUGGACGUGGAAUAUAUAUGAAAUUGUUGAAGAAGUGAUCUUCCAUUAUGAGUAACUCGGAGAAGAAGAUAAGCCAGCCAUUUGAAACCCUGAAGAAGUGUGGACUACUCAUAAAAGUUAGCAUCUCUUGAGGGUGAAUCUCUUGGUACAGAAGAAAGUUUCAGAAGUUUGUGAUUUUCAUUUCUUCUUAUGAACAAUGAAUCCAGGAAACUGCUUGAGAGACAGUGCAGUCACCUGUGUUGCAUAUAUAGACUAAAGUUAUGUUGGUUCACAUUUCGUUUUGACAGUAACCAAAUUACAGACUCUAUUGUACGCAUACAUUGGUUUAUGAUUCGAUAACAAAACUCAG